AAGAAGAAUUCCGCGAACUUUUUUUCCUAUGCUGCCUGUGUCCGUCCACCACCACCACCUUGCUUGGCCACAGCUACGGUUGAGGGGAAUGCUACGGCUGGGGAAUGGUGGCUAUCGGUUGAAAGGCAGCCGACUCUAGCUAUCAUUGGAUUACCAUUGGCGUUAAGGGAACACUGAAGUACAGAAUAAUGAAUUUAUUACCAUCAAAUCCACAUGGGAAUGGGCUUUUGUACGCUGGAUUUAACCAGGACCAUGGUUGCUUUGCAUGUGGAAUGGAAAAUGGAUUCAGAGUUUACAACACAGAUCCUCUCAAAGAAAAAGAAAAGCAAGAAUUCCUUGAAGGUGGCGUCGGACAUGUGGAGAUGCUUUUUCGUUGCAACUACCUUGCUCUCGUCGGGGGAGGAAAGAAGCCCAAGUACCCACCUAAUAAAGUCAUGAUCUGGGAUGACCUGAAAAAGAAGACUGUAAUUGAGAUCGAAUUCUCAACGGAAGUCAAAGCAGUUAAGCUCCGACGAGACAGGAUUGUGGUGGUCCUCGACUCCAUGAUCAAAGUCUUCACGUUUACACAUAAUCCGCACCAACUACAUGUGUUUGAGACGUGCUACAACCCUAAAGGUCUUUGCGUCCUGUGUCCGAACAGCAACAACUCCUUGUUGGCUUUCCCGGGCACUCACUCGGGACAUGUGCAGAUAGUGGACCUGGCCAACACAGAGAAACCACCCGUGGACAUUCCCGCACACGAGGGAGCCCUCUGCUGCAUCGCCCUCAACCUGCAAGGCACAAGAAUAGCCACAGCCUCAGAAAAAGGGACCCUGAUCAGAAUAUUCGACACCUCUGCUGGCCAUCUCAUCCAGGAGCUGAGACGGGGCUCACAGGCAGCAAACAUCUACUGCAUCAACUUCAACCAGGAUGCCUCGCUCAUCUGUGUGUCCAGUGACCACGGCACCGUCCACAUAUUUGCUGCUGAGGACCCCAAGAGGAACAAGCAGUCCAGCCUGGCAUCAGCCAGUUUCCUCCCCAAAUAUUUUAGCUCCAAGUGGAGCUUCUCCAAGUUCCAGGUCCCAUCUGGAUCACCCUGUGUCUGUGCCUUUGGAACGGAGCCCAAUGCUGUUAUAGCGAUUUGUGCUGAUGGCAGCUAUUACAAAUUCCUGUUCAACCAAAAAGGGGAGUGCUCCAGAGACGUAUACGCACAGUUUCUGGAAAUGACCGAUGAGAAGAUUUGAGACCUGGCCACUCGCGCGGGGGGAUCUGAAUGAAGGAAGGGUUUUUUGAGCGGGUGCUUGUGUUUACAGCAUACCAGCUAAAAUAAUAACAAGAAAACGAAGACCAUGAACAGGAGUGUUACUUGUUUCUCUCAAAGGAUAGCACCAAUGCCAAGUGGUGUGCUGUGCUUCUCACAGUUGAAUGGAGACUGAGAGACCAAGAGACCUUUGCUGGACUAAUGUUUAGUCCGCCUUGGGACAGGGACAUACAAAGGAAAGACUGAAUACCUGAAGGCACUAAACAAUUUUGUUCUCGCUAUACAAAGUGAGAAGUGGGAAACUUUAUUUUUUUGGAGAGGACUAUCGUUACUUUUUAAAAUGUCUUCCAUGGAACUUUUCUUUCAACCGUACCUUUUUUGUUUUGUUUUGUUUUGUUUUUAAAUCAUAGCCUUCACUCUGCUAGAUAGUUUGAAAUACAUUGUCCAUAAACAUCACCUAACCCUAAGCUGCCUGAGUGCCUCUGUAUAGAUUGAAGAGGUCCAGGUCUAUGUGUGCAUAAUGCACACAUACAUGUAUGUAAUACAGUAUAUACAAACAUUUGUACAAACAACUUAGUAGUGUUAGACUCCGUUUCAUCUGCUGUAUAAAACACGCAAAAUCAGGCAUCAAAACAUAACAGCUGAAUCUAAAGCAUUUAUGAGGUUCAUCAUGGGUGAAAAAAAAUAUUUCUCAUUGUUUCAGUGUAUGUGCAAUAUUGUCCUUCCCUUCGCUCUCACUCUCUGCUCUCAGGCUUUUAUUUGUCAGCUGUGGACUGAUGUGAUGUGUGAAUGAAGGUUAUCUUCAAAAUCAGAGUCUUUGUGUCGCUGGCAUUCAUCCACUUUCAGAUUUAAGCUCGCAGGACCACGAGAGGCCAUCACACUUCUGUGUAGUGUCAAGAGGAAGGUAUGCGCCACUCAGUCAAGAAUCUUUCUAGAUUUAUCGCAUUGCUCAUAUAUAAAUCUGUAUAUAUAACUGCCUAAUUUGUAGCCUUUACUGAUGACAAGUCAUGGAUUAUUUAAACAGUCAUUUGUCCCUUUUAGACAUUUUUCUCCCUUGAUUUAAAGAAACGCAACCAAGGAUAUGAGCUAUUUUACCCUCACAAACUAUCAGAAAGGCUGUCUCAACUUCAUUGCAUAAUUCUCAAAUUGGACAUAUGAGCACAAUAUUUGGGCAAUGUCCUAUGAGGUGUCUACAAGCCACUGCUGCCUUUGUUUCAAACAGUUCAGAUAAAACUAACCAACGCACAGCAUAUGAUCCUUUUCUGAAACGUUCAUUCAAUUAUCCUACACUAAAUAAUCUUGUUAAUUGAUAACAGCAUUUUUUUUGUUAUGACCACCAUUGCUGAAAGAGAUAAUAAUGUGGACUUAGCAGGUAACAAACCUAAAGAAGUGCAGAUCAGAAUUUGAAUUGGACUCACAUCUCUAUUAAAUUGCCUGUAUUAUAGAUUAGAUUGCUUUUGAACCCAAGGAAAUGAAUCUGAAGAGGAGGAGAAGCUUUACUUUAAUAUUUCUGAAUUGUUCCACCUCCUGAUGAUUUGUUUCUUGUCCCUCCAAAAUUACUUGCCGGUCAAAUAACAGCUUUGUUCUAUUUCGGAGUUAUUGCUGGAAGACAGCAUACUGAAUGCAUUUCAUGCUUUGAUUGUAAUUGUGAUAACACUAUACGUACACAGUCAAAUAAAAAAAAGUCUGAUAUAC